AUGAAAGGAUUAAUUCUUGUUGGUGGUUACGGAACCCGUCUUAGACCUCUUACUCUUACCAUUCCCAAACCCCUUGUGGAGUUCGGUAACAAGCCUAUGAUUCUUCACCAAGUUGAAUCUUUGGCUGCUGCUGGCGUUAAGGAUAUUGUCCUUGCUGUCAAUUACAGACCCGAGGUCAUGGUGGCUACUUUAAAGCAAUAUGAGGAGAAGUAUGGUGUUAACAUCACUUUCUCCGUUGAGACUGAGCCUCUUGGAACUGCCGGUCCCCUCAAGCUUGCAGAAGACAUUCUUACCAAAGAUAACUCACCCUUCUUUGUUCUCAACUCGGAUAUUAUUUGCGAUUAUCCCUUCGCAGAAUUAGCCAAGUUCCACAAGGCCCACGGUGGUGAGGGUACCAUCGUUGCUACAAAGGUUGAAGAACCUUCUAAGUAUGGUGUCAUUGUUCAUAAGAGUGGUUCUUCGCAAAUCGACAGAUUUGUUGAGAAGCCCGUUGAGUUUGUCGGUAACCGUAUCAAUGCUGGUAUCUACAUUUUGAACCCAUCGGUCAUUGAUCUCAUUGAUCUCCGUCCUACCUCAAUUGAGAAGGAGACUUUUCCCCAAUUGUCUGCUAAGGGUACUUUGCACUCUUUUGAUCUCGAAGGAUAUUGGAUGGAUGUUGGCCAACCUAAGGACUUUUUGUCGGGUACUUGCCUUUACUUGACCUCACUCGCUAAGAAAAACUCUGAAUUAUUAUCAGCUUCUGACAAGCCUUACGUCCAUGGAGGUAAUGUCCUUGUCGACCCCACUGCUGACAUUUCUCCUGAUGCUAAAAUUGGUCCUAAUGUUGUUAUUGGGCCAAAUGUUACUGUGGGUGCUGGCGCUCGCUUAUCGAGAUGUGUUGUCUUGUCUAAUUCUGUCAUCAAGCCUCACGCUCAUGUCAAGAACUCGAUCAUUGGAUGGAACUCCAAGGUUGGAAAGUGGGCCCGUGUUGAGAAUGUCAGUGUUUUGGGUGAUGAUGUCGAGGUCAAGGAUGAGAUUUAUGUUAAUGGUGGACGUAUCUUGCCUCACAAGACUAUUGCAGGAAACAUUGAAAAGCCUGAAAUUAUUAUGUAA